GCAAAUACCAAAUUGACGUUUGCUCCCUUUGGGUGUGACAAUUCAAGUUUGUUGUCUUCCUCCGACCAGCAGAAUCUCGUUCAAAUUCUAGUAAUUUCACCAUGGGAGCGAGUACGAAAAACAGUCGUGUGGCUGUUGGACUAUUCGCGCUUUCUUUUAUUUUAAUCUUUGUCGCAUUCGUUUCGCCUUAUUGGCUCGUAACCGAUGGAGAAUUGGAGAAACCCAAAUUCUUGAAUCUCGGAUUGUGGGAGGUUUGCUUGAAUGACUUCCAGGACAUCCACCGGUUCUACGACACGCGAUUCACGGGCUGCAUGUGGGUAUUCGAGGAAGAGUAUUAUAUCAUCCACGACUACCUGUUGCCUGGAUUCUACAUCGCGACUCAGUUCUUCUUCACUCUGUGCUUCACAUUGCUUCUCAUUGCCUUGCUAAUGACGCUGGCGUUCUUGGGUUGUUCCCGUGACGACGAUCGAUACGUGAUGUUGCUUCUUUCGAAUGGCUCAAUACAAAUUUUCUCGGCCCUCUGCGGUUUGAUAUCCGUGAUUAUUUUCGGAGCCCGUGGGGAUGGACGGGAUUGGAUGCCGGACUGGAUCCACAACAACAUGGGGUGGUCGUUCGCCCUGGCUGUCGUAGGAGUGGUGUUGCUUAUACCUUCGGGUGCGCUGUUUAUGGUGGAAGCUCGGCGGGAGCGUUACAAACGCCUCAAUGAGAUUGGCACGAGGGAGGCAAGCGCAUAUAGUGCCGACGAUGGCAGUAGAAAGUUCCGUGGAGGUGGUGGUCGCACUGGCGUCCACACUGAUAUCUAAAUCAUAUCAUUCGUGCUCGCAAGAGCUACUUAGGAUUAAGUUUAAAGUAAAAAGUCAGAACAAUCUAUGGAUCUGGUGCAUAGAUUGCGGUAUCAUAUCAUUCCGUCCAAAAAGUAUCAAAUCUAGAUUAGGUAAAUUAUAGUGCGAGUCAAAUUUUUGUACAUUGAUUGUCUUCAUCCGUGUAAAAGUCGAAAAUUGUAUCUAUUUUUCAGUUCACUUCUCCAAAUCAAUAGUUUUAAGCUGUCUUAUGUGAAGUGUGCACAUUUUUUAUAUUUGACUACGAGAAAUAAAGUGAAACAUUUUAACAA